AUGUGGCCACCAGUCGACAUGACGGAAAGAGAUGGAAGGUCAGAUGACGAUAUUGAGUUCGCAUUGGAAAAGUACUACGUUGGCGCUCAGCAUUACCUUAUACCAGGUGAAGAGGUCCCUCCAGUAAUGAGAGAUGCUUUUGGUGCCGAUUGGGGACUGAAUGCUCGAGGUAUCUAUUAUCGGCAUUUUUACUCCACCAACUGGGUGACGGCCGGACAUGACUUAUGGCUACCGUCAGUGGACGAUGUGCAUUGGAGCCAUACCAGCGAGGAUGGUCGCCGUGCAAGGGCGGAAAAUCUGCUCAAGCAUAUUGUGAACAACGAAAAUUGGAAAAAGAGCGAAUAUGCUUGGGAAGCAGAUGCCUGGCAAGAUGUUUUCGGUUUGAUGAGAAAUGACAGAUCUUUAGCCGUGUGGGUUGCCCCCGUCCAGUUCUAG